CUUUCUUUUCCCAAUCUUCAAGCUCUCUCUUUCAUCUUCUCUUCCAACCAAAAACAACAAUCAAUAUUCACUCUAUUUCCAUAUCUCUACCUAUCAUAUCAUUCAUCAUGAAGCAAUUGAUCCGCCGUCUUUCUCGUGUUGCCGAUUCCUCUCACUACUCUCUUCUCCGCUCCGACUCUCCCUCCUCCGCCGCCGCCAAACUUCGCCGUUCUCGAAUCCUCCGCUCCUCCACCGUCCCCCAAGGCCACGUCCCUGUCUACGUCGGCGAAGAGAUGGAACGCUUCGUCGUCAGCGCUCACCUCUUAAAUCACCCCGUUUUCAUCGAACUCCUCGAUAAAUCCGCUCAAGAGUACGGUUACCAACAGAAAGGCGUUCUGCAUAUUCCUUGCCACGUUCUUCUCUUCGAGCGUGUUCUUGAGGCUCUCAGACUCGGUGAUUUCGAUUCUCGCCAUCUUCAAGAUCUUCUUUCCAAUCUCUCUCUCCAGUCAUAAACCCCAACUUUUUUUUUUUUUUUCUUUUAUUCCUCUCUUGUAUUUUUUUUCUCCAGAGGGAUUUUUUUUUUUUCUUUUAUAAUUCUUCUGUAUAUAGGUUUAUUUCUGAUUUUGGUUUCUCCUAGACGAUUAGUAUAUCAAAAGAGAGUUAAUCAAGGACAAGAUUUUUUUAAGCUUUUUUUAUUCUCCUUCCGAUGUAAAUCGACGAGGAUAUUACUACAUUUUCUCUGUUAUGGAGACACCUUCUUCUUCUUCUUCUUCUUCACCGAAGUUUUAUUAAUCAAUCUCUGAAUUUCUCUU